GUAUUCACGUGACUAUCUCAGGCGGGAGUCGGGCACAUGAGGAGCCGCCAUUGUUCCCGAGUUUCAUAUGUGGUGGUUUUAAGACAAUUGUAGCCUCUCCGCGGACUGCAUAAGCAGAUCAGUGCGGGAAAAAAUCACCGGAAAGAUAAGAUACGCCAAAUAGAAGCCAACCACACCGCUAGCCAGUCAUCGGAAGGGAUCAAGACGGCCGACAGUGGUUUGUGUGAUGUCUCGCUGUGUUCAAACGACAUCCAAGAUGGCCUCCCUACGUUCGUGUUUUUUCUGAAGUGCUCUGUGGGGGCUCGGGACGCGAAGACUUUGGGACAGCAGUUGUGCUGACAGUUGAACCACCUAUUUUUUUUCUUUCCGUGGUUUUGUUCACGUUUUGCCGAUUCCUGGAGAUGCAACGCAUGAAAAGCCAAGGAAAUCCAGUGAGCAACGGCCCGAAGGAUAUGGUCAAGGAUGAAGAGUUUGACUCAUGGCGCAACCAGAACCAGCAGCCCCAGCCAGCUGCGCAGCAGCAGCAGACGACCUACCAGCCCCACCUGUCCACAUCGAACCUGGGCGAGCCGUACAUCCCCAGCUAUUAUGCGUCCAUGUCCUUUCCUUACUUGAACCAGGGCCUUGGUGAUGGAGCUUGGAGCAAUGGCGGUGACCCUGUGGGCUUCUUUGGCUCCUACGGCGGUCAGAUGGGGGCAGUGGUGAACAACCACCAGCAGCAUUACGUUGAUGGGGGGGCUGGAAUGUUCAGUCAGAACAGCUUUGCGGGAUACGGUCAGGGCUUCGGCUUCUUCCCCGGCAGUGGUGGUGACUACUCGACGUGGGGCACAGCGGCGAAUUCCGGGCAGCCCGCUGCAGCGGCGGCAGCGAGCAAGGGUUACCCGGAGGAGUACUAUCGUGGUGACUACGAUCAGGCAGGCGUGUCGGACAGAGGGCUGAAACAUCUCGAGCAAGGUUUGAGGUCCCUGGCCUUGGGUGCAGACAAGGACUUUGGGUCUAAGGAGCCAUACGGCAAGGACCCCAAGAAGCUGGGUGGUAGUGACAAGAAGCUGUCUUGGGCGUCGGUUGCGAGCCAACCGGCCAAACCUAAAGCAGUGAAAAGCAAGAGCCCCCUUCUGGCUCCAACCGUGCCCAGCAAGCAUCCGAUGGACAUUGGCACUUGGGAGGGAAAAAAUGGUGCAAAGCCGCGAGGCAGUGCCGCACCAUGGGCGAGCCAGGCGCCCCCGCCUCCAGAGAGCUCCUAUGUGCAUCCCGUGCUGGAAAAACUGCGACUCGAGAACAACUACAACCCCAAGGACUUUGAUCUGGAGCCAAAAGGGGCGCGCUUCUUCAUCAUCAAGAGCUACUCGGAGGACGACAUCCACCGAUCCAUCAAGUACUCCAUCUGGUGCUCGACGGAGCAUGGAAACAAGCGGCUUGAUGCUGCCUACCGCGAUGCACAAGGUCCUGUGCUGCUCUUCUUCAGCGUCAAUGGGUCAGGCCAUUUCUGUGGCAUGGCUGAGAUGGUGUCGCCUGUGGACUACACAGCCUCUUCAUCGGUAUGGGCGCAGGACAAGUGGAAGGGGCAGUUUCGUGUGCGCUGGGUGUAUGUCAAAGACGUGCCCAACUCUCAGCUUCGGCACAUUCGGCUUGAGAACAACGAGAACAAGCCUGUGACCAACUCGCGGGACACCCAGGAGGUGCCGCCGGACAAGGGCCGACAGGUGCUCAAAAUCCUGCAUGGCUUCCGGCACUCUACGUCCAUCUUUGACGAUUUCCUCCAUUAUGAAAAGCGUCAGGAGGAGGACGAACAACGAGAGUUUCCCUCGGUUCCGGCGGGUGGACCAGGAGAGCCAGGAUUGCUGCCCAAUCUUGAUCAUUUAAAAGCUGCAGAAGCAAUGAAGGACAACAAGCAGAUGCCCAUGCCAACAAGCAACCACCACAUGCAGUCAAGGUACCACCACCAGCAGGCGUGGUGAAGUGGCGUGUGGUGCAAGGCCUUCGGCGGUGUUAUUUUCCCCUUUCCCACUCGCAAGACCCCCCGGUUGCCACAAAAACCCCUUUGAUGAUGAUGACGACUGGAAAUAUGCCACCGUGACACUCCCAGUGCGCCGAGGCUUCGACGUCAGCAACGACGGCGUGGCCCCUUCUCUGUGGUUCUGCUGUGCGCGUGUGCUAUACGUGUGAGCGUGCACCUCGCGUGAUGUGUGUUCCCUCCGCCGAGGCAAGGACCACAGGCAUCUCUUUCCUCUUCCCCCCUUUUUUUUCUGUAAACCCCCGCAAAUACCCCUUUCAAAUAGCCUUUCUCUUCUCAUUUUUGUGCCGCACAGCUGUUAACCGACAAUGGAUAACUCUCCAGGGAGGUGGGGUUUCCUGCCAAAGUUAAAAACAGGAGAAUGGAGGUGCUUUGGUGCGUCCGAUGAUGCUGGGCCAAGGUGCCGGGGAUCGGUGCGUACUUCUACUGCUGCUAGAGCUUCUCCUUACCACCAGUUUUUUUAGGUUCAUUCGCCAACACCAAAGUUGUCCACAGCUUGGCACGAUGGUUUCUCCCGCCCCCUUUCUCAAACAUUUAAUCUCUUCUUCUCCCCUUGCCGCUUGUCAAUGUAUUCUUGCUCUUGCAUCUGGCUUGUGAGCGUGGUUCUUGGUCGCCCAUAUCUUUUGUCUUAAUCUCUACAUCACUGGUUCUCAACUCCUAUCGUGUGGUUAAUGCGGUGAAAAGCAAAAGAAAAAAAAGGUAACAGUGGGCAAAGUGGUAACGAAGAUUAAAAAAAAGGUGGUGGGAAAACUUACACGUGGACAUUUGGUUUUUUUUUGUCAUAUUUUUUUUCCCCUUGUUGGUAGGAUUGGGGGCCAGUGAAUGGAACUUUGCUGCACAGCAUUCUUCCGGACCUCCUCUUGUUGUUUUUGUGGGAAAAUGCUAGUGACCACAAAUUGUUAUCAGUGAGCGGGUUUAUCGAAAGGAAGAGACUUACUUGAAAAGAAAAAAAAAGAAAAAACCUGAACUGGCAUCAUUGGAUGGACUACUACUUUGUGUUUGUUUUGACUGUCGGAAUUUGGGACUCCUAGGACUUGUAAAAAAAGAAAAAGGAUGAAAACUAUGGACUCUAAAAAAAAGGACACUUGGACUUGAUGACCAAUGACAGACUGGACACACCGCCGCAAGACAGCAGACGCGCAGUGUUUCGGAAUGUGUGGCCUGUGCGUGCUCGGACAGUGUGGACUUACUACAAGGACUUGUGCUGUUGCUUUGUGGGUCCGGGGAUUGGAAAAAAAAGUGGUUCGUCAAGUGACUAGUUGUAUCUAUUUCUGGACUGAACUUCCAAUUUGUGUACCUUAUCAUUUUUUUUCUCGGUCAGUUAAAACUGAACCCAGUUGUUGGACUUGAUUGACUUUGAGGGUAAUGUGGAUGCCACUAGAAACGCAUACCUGCAUGUAUUUUUUUCCCUCUCUUUCUCUCUCUAGGGAUGCCGAGGAAUUUUUGAAUGAAAUGCUUAGCAGUACAUAUUGUGGCCCUCGUUUUUGGCAAUUGUGAGUCACUAAAAACAAAACAAAAGCCAUUCUUUGUGUUUACAAUCAUGUGGAUCUGUUAAUUUCCUCUAAAUACAUUAUAGUGCGUUUUGUAGCAGUUUUAAGAAUGCCCACUGGAGCACUCAACUGAAAGAAUUAAAAGAAAAAAAAAUAGUGUGAAAUUGCAUUUCAAGCCUAUUGGAAGAUGGGAGCUGUGGUAUAUAUAUACACUUGCAGAAAGCUGCUGCGCUCGUUACUUGUGUGAGGUCUAUGGCAUCCUUUUGUUGUUGUUAACUUCGCCAAUAAACACUGAGCACAAUGAAAUACACUGAA